AUGAGGCACAGGAAAACGUCAACCAGAGAUGCUGGGGAUGCCCCAGCCCUGGUUGUGCUCAUGGUCAGGCUGAAUGGGACGUUAGAGAAAGGCAACGAAGAUGGCAAAGGGGCUGGAACACGGGUCUUCCAAGGAGCGGCCGAGGGAGCUGUGGCUGCUCAGCCGGAGAAAAGGAGGCUCAGGGGUGACAUUAUCAAUCUCUACAACUCCCGGAGAGGAGCCUGUGGCCGGGUGGGGGUCGGCCUCUUCUCCGAGGCAGCAAGAGACAGCAGAGAGAACCGUGUCUCUGGCUGCGCCAGGGCACGUUCAGCAGGACGCCAGGCGGAGCUCUCCGCAGAACGCGCGGUCGCUCGCUCGGUCGGAGGCCGGGCCGCGCUGCCCAGGGCGGCUCCGGACGCCGGGCCGCGCUGCCCAGGGGGCGGCGGCAGCCCGGCCUCCAGCCCCGUGCUGGGCGGGCGGGGCCGCGCCGCGGCGGGGGGCAGUAGCCCGCCGGGCCACGCGUUCCGCAGGGUGACCCUGACCAAGCCCACCUUCUGCCACUACUGCACCGACUUCAUCUGGGGGCUGGCCGGCUACCAGUGCGAGGUUUGCAACUUCAUGUCUCACGAAAAGUGCCUCAAGAAUGUCAAGAUACCAUGCUCCUGUAUUGCUCCCAGCCUUGUAAGGGUUCCAGUUGCACACUGUUUCGGGCCUCCAGGACUUUACAAAAGAAAGUUUUGCGCUGUGUGCAGGAAGUCCUUGGAGUCACUUGCCUUUCGAUGUGAAGUUUGUGAGCUACAUGUGCACACAGACUGUAUCCUGUUUGCUUGCAGUGACUGCCGGCAGUGUCACCAGGAUGGGCACCUGGACCAUGAUACUUACCACCACCACUGGAGGGAGGGAAACCUUUCUUCAAGUGCUCGUUGCGAAUUUUGCAAAAAAACCUGUGGGUCUUCUGAGGUGCUCUCUGGCAUGAGAUGUGAAUGGUGUGGCAUCCUGGCUCAUGCUGCUUGCUGUGUAAUUGUCCCACCAGAAUGUACCUUUGGAAGAUUAAGGAAUAUGAUUCUUCCUCCAAGUUGUGUUCAGUUGUUUUCUCGCAACUUCAGCAAAUUGCAUUGUUUUCGGAUAUCGGAAAAUUUGCAAACAGAAUCAGAUGAAGAUGAUGAUGUUGAUGGGUCAACACAAGGAUCAACAAAAGAUAUCCAAAUUUCAACAGAUUCCAGUAAACAAACACUAAAGAUAUUUGAUGGGAAUGACGCAGUGAAACGCAAUCAAUUUCGACUGAUUUCAGUUCCAAGGAUUGCAAAAAAUGAAGAAGUUGUGGAGGCUGCUUUGAGGGCGUACUACAUAAAUGAUGACCAGCAGGAGUAUGAGCUUCAGACCUUUACACAGCAGGUGCUGCUCUCUGAUGAUGUUAUCAACAGGAAUGAUGCUGCAGAGGACAGCAACUUGGGCUCAGUAUUCCGAGAAUCUGUUCCUGAAGCUUGGAUCAUCAGAGCCAAACCAAAGGAUGAAGAAGUGAUCAGAAUUUAUCCUGCCUGGCUAAAGGUGGGAAUGGCAUAUGUUUCUCUGCGAGUAAAUAAGGAUAGCACUGUGCAGACUGUGAUCAAAGAAGUGCUCCCAUUACUUGGAAGGCAGACGGAGUGCCUCCAGAAUUUCAAAUUGGUGGAAGUGCUUAUGGGCAGUAAGCAAGUUCAGCGCAUGGUCUUGGACAAUCAGGAACUGAUUCUUAACAGACUCAAGGAUAUAAGAAAGACUUCAAUACGUCAGAUGAAUCAAACAAGAUUUUACAUUGUGGAAAACAGUAAAUCCAUUGUACAAGUAAAUUUAUUUGUUGGUGGCCUUCCACCUCAGCUUUCUCCUGAAGAAUACACAAAUAUUCUCAAGGAAGAAUUAGCUAUCAAAACAAAUGUAGUAUCUGUGAGUCAUGUUUAUCAAGCACAAGGUGCUGUUGUACUCCAAAUUUCAUGUUUUUCUGAAGCUGAAAGAAUAUAUAUGCUAGUUAAAGAUACUGUUGUCAAUGACAAGCCUCUGAAUGCUGUGGUGAUUCCUGCAGUUAUGGCUUCCAAGAUACCACAGAAUUGUUGCCCACUUCUUGUAUUUGUGAAUCCAAAAAGUGGUGGUCUAAAAGGUCGGGAUCUGCUGUACAGUUUUAGAAAGUUGUUGAACCCACAUCAAGUCUUUGAACUUACCAAUGGGGGCCCACUGCCUGGGUUUCACACGUUCUACAAAGUCCCCUCCUUUCGAGUGCUGGUGUGCGGAGGGGACGGCACCGUUGGCUGGGUCCUUGGUGCCCUCGAGGAGAUCAGGCACAAGCUGGUGUGCUCAGAGCCCUCAGUUGCCAUCUUACCUUUAGGAACAGGUAAUGACUUGGGGAGAGUCUUGCGCUGGGGAGCUGGCUACAGUGGGGAGGAUCCGUACUCCAUUUUGGUUUCUGUGGAUGAGGCAGAUGAUGUUCUUAUGGAUCGCUGGACUAUCCUUUUGGAUGCAGAAGAGCCAGCUGAAGGUGCAGAAAAUGGCAUUGCGGAACCUGAGCCUCCCAAGAUUGUACAGAUGAACAAUUACUGUGGUCUUGGCAUUGAUGCAGAGUUGAGCUUGGACUUUCAUCAUGCUAGAGAAGAAGAACCAGGGAAAUUUAAUAGCAGGUUUCACAACAAGGGAGUUUACGUGAAAGUUGGACUGCAGAAGAUAAGUCACACUAGAAACCUUCACAAGGACAUAAAGCUGCAAGUGGACCAGCACGAGGUGGAGUUACCAAGUAUAGAAGGACUCAUCUUUAUUAAUAUACCCAGCUGGGGCUCUGGGGCCGACCUCUGGGGGUCUGAAAGUGACAACCGCUUUGAGAAGCCACGCAUCGAUGACGGCCUGCUGGAAGUGGUUGGUGUGACUGGCGUUGUUCACAUGGGUCAAGUCCAAGGUGGUUUUCGAUCAGGAAUCCGCAUAGCUCAAGGCUCGUAUUUCCGUGUAACACUCCUAAAGCCAAUUCCAGUUCAAGUUGAUGGAGAGCCCUGGAUUCAGGCCCCUGGCCAGAUUAUAAUUUCUGCUGCAGGACCAAAGGUCCAUAUGUUGAAAAAAUCCAAGCAGAAGCAGAAAAAAACUGGAAGCCUGAAAGAGAUGAAAGUGGAUAGCACGUCAGUCUCUGAAGGAGGACGCAAAGGGGAGACCUGUGUUCAUACCUAUGGCUCCCCUCCUGCCCUUUGGGCCUAACUCUGUACCAAAACUGGUAAUGAAGGUAUGAGCAUGUGCUGGUGAAUGUGUGUGGAGAGUGGGGGAAUGGAGUUCCUGCUCUGAAUGCUGCUCUGUCAGUUUGGCUUAGACUAUUCUUUAAUUUCUACUUCAGCUUCUACUUUAGCCAUCUAACAGCUCUGCAGCAAAGAUUUGGCAACUACUGAAUUGCCUUGGAUUCACCGGUGACAACGUUGCCUCAUUUUCAGGCUUUGAUCUUAUAUACGUCAGAAUAUGUAUAACUGCAUUAUACUUUUUGCACUUAACAGAAAAUGCAGGUUAGACAGGCUUAGGGUGUGGCAAAAUUGCAAUGUUUGUACUUUUUUUGUAAAUAUGGGGAUGAUUCUACAGAUACAAAGAUGCACUUUCAGAUAACAAUGAGAACAAGUUUGUAGAAUACAGUUGUUUAGGAGUUUCUCUGGCUGCAGUGUUCCUGAUCCCCAUCCAUGUCUAACACUGUGUUCUCCUUGAAAGCCUGCUUGGGGAUAGAGAUGGCUUCUCACAUUGCAGAAUGUAUUUAUAGCUGACUGACUGAACGUUUGUGUAUGUUUUUGAGCAAAUUUGCUGCUAUUCUAAGUUUUAGGUUUUACUAGACUGCUUCUAUAAUGCAUAAAAUAAUGUUCAAGUUUUAUUUAUAAUGUCAACACUUACUGAUUUGACACUUAGUUUCAGGAGACAUCCAGCCCAAAGCCUUCAUUCCUUUUGCUGUUUAAUAGUUUUGUUUUGUUGUGGUUUCUUUUUAGCAGUUGUAGGCAUUGUAUGUGUGGAGUGCAGUGAAAUGAAUACAAAUUACUGACCUUAGCCUGCAGUUAGAGUGGCGGUUUCAAUGUUUACAGGACAGAGACUAUUGAUUGUAAACCCAUACACGUCCACUGAAACAGUGCACUCUUCAUGUGUUUUGGAAGCACUGUUUCUGCUUACCAUGGUAAUUAAUGGAAUUGUUGCCUUCUGGUUUUAGAGUCCUGGUUAUGUUGCUUUGGAGAGAUUUCAGUGUGGGUUAUGGCUCCUCUGCCAUGAACUCACAGGGCAGAAUUUGUACUGACACAAGUGUGUUAUAUUGAACAUGUUUUCUGAAAGAGUGACUUUAUUUUUUGUGAAGAUAAUUUAUGAGAAGGUUUUAUAGCAGAUCAGUGCUGAAAAAGUUGAAUCUUGAAAUAAAUGUUUGUAGAUAUUAAAGAUCUAUCCCAAAGCAAAGUAUUUUUUAAUAGGGCAGUAUUACUGGUGUAGUUAACCCUCUGAGCUCUCCUGGUAGCAUACCCAUUUAGCAUGUGACUCUGCACUGGUCAAGUGUGUUACUUAGGGGACAACCUGAUUUCAGAAGAUAUUACUUAAUUUAUAUUGUGCAUAUCCCCUAUUAACCUCUGGCAGCAACUCCCCAUAUAAACAUCAGCCACACAAGGCAGAGCUUCUCCCCAUACAGAUCACUGCAGGUUGAAGAGCAGAGAGGCUGCCCUUGUGCUUGACUGCAGAGAGGCUGUGAGUCUGGUGACUGGCACUUACAGUCCUCUCUCUCACCAUUAUAGAGUGUGCCACACAAGUUCUUUUGCUUUCUGAAGGCAGGCAGGCACAAAUUCAAGAGUGCCCAAGUCAAACUGCUAAUAUCUUGUCUCACCAUGGCAUCCAUUUCCUAGUGCUGCUUAUCUUGCCAAAUUGGGUAGCAAGAGGUGCUUGAAGUAUUACUGAGUAUUUAUUGUGUAAUUUUUGGGUGCUUAUAAAGCCUUCACUGCUAUUUUAAAGCAAAAUUUGGGGAUCUGUAGCAUAGCAAUAGCUGUAUAACUCUAGCAUUCCAAACAUGCCCAAAGUUAUCCUUGUAAUAGUUUAGUUAUCAAUGGUGUAGCUAGCAGCAAUCAGUAUCUUGAAGCUACAAGUUCUAAAUAUUGGAAGACAACAUCUCUGCUUUGAAUGCAAAGCAUUAGAGUUUGUAAUUCACUAUAGAUUUCAGCAUCUUUCCUACUUAAAAAUGACUGAUGACAUCUUAAUUCUUCUCAAACUAUAACUUAACUAUUGCUUAAAUAACUGUUUUUCACCUCUGGUUAUUUAAAUAAUCCAGUUUACACAGUUGUAUGAAUGCUGUUUUAUUAUCAAGAUACUCUUAAGGUGUCUCAUAGCAUUUCUUGUGAAUGUUCUAAUACAUCAGUAAUAAAUAAUCCUGACCCAAUAAACUAAUGUAAGCUGACAAGUUACUGUCUAGUGCUUAUUCUUUGUGCAUCUGCCUAAUUCUCAGAGAAAAAAGCAGCCUAAGUAUAAGCAUUAAAGUGGUUGAAAACAGUUUCCACACUCUGUGCCUCAAACCAGUAAUGUGUUAUCACACAUUUACUUGUGGAUUGGUCUCAAUAACUAGCUUUUAAUGAUGUAACUUGUUUCUCAAUGUCUGCCUUGCAAAUGAGACGUCACUAUAUUGUGGUAACUUGUCUACAAAAAGCAUACCUAGUGUACUAAUAGAUUUUUUAAAAAGUAAUUUAUAAAAUAUGGACUUUUCUCUUAUAUUUAAACAUCUGUUUAUCCUUGGGUUCUGUUCUUAGAAAAUUCUAUGUAUAUUUUGCAAUACGUGUUUUGUGUUUGACUGUACAUUUUGCACCAAUAUGAAAAAUUGUAUUCUAAGUAUUAUUUACAAGUUCCAGAGAUCUGUAACUAGAAUUUGCUGUGAACAAAUACAACAUCUCUUCUACCCUG